AUGACUGAUGUCCGAAUUAGAAGGAGGGUCCUCACAAGGGAAGAUGAGGACAUGUCAGAAAAGGAACGGCGAAAUGGAAGCAGACAAGAAUCGCGAUGUAGUCGAAAUCGUUGCUUGCUUAUCACUGCGAUAGUGCUCAGUUUAAUUGGUAUAGUUAUAUUCACAAUUGUUGCCAUACUGUAUAUUCGUUCGAUGAAUAACUGGGGUGAUGACGGCAAUACCGAUGAAUAUCUGAGAAAACUCGUCCGACAAAUCAACGAUAAUUCGAGCUCAACGUGGAAGGCAAAAUUCAAUAAAUUCGGAGUGAAGAACCGUUCGUACGGAUUCACGUACACAAGAAAUUCGACGGCCGUUCGAGAAGUAGUUGGCGAGUUGCAAAAAUUCUUCGACUCUGACGCUAUGAAACGACAUAUCCAGGAGCUUGCCGACUAUCCUGACUCAUCGCUUCCCACAAAUUUCGAUGCUCGCCUGAAAUGGCCUCAUUGUCCAUCGAUCUCACGUGUACCCAAUCAAGGAGGAUGUGGGAGUUGUUAUGCGGUAGCCGCUGCAGGAGUAGCAUCUGAUCGGGCGUGCAUUCAUUCGAAUGGUACAUUCCGAGCCUCGUUCAGCGAAGAAGACGUGCUUGGCUGCUGCGAGGUUUGCGGAAAUUGCUACGGCGGUGACCCACUAAAAGCUCUUGUCUAUUGGGUGAAUCAGGGGCUAGUAACAGGUGGUCGUGAUGGCUGCCGACCCUAUUCAUUCGACCUCUCCUGUGGAGUACCGUGUUCACCACAGACUUUUUUCGAGGCCGAAAAAUUGCGAACAUGCAUCCGACGAUGUCAGAAUAUCUAUUAUCAGAACAGAUACGAGGACGAUAAGCACUUCGCCUCACUAGCUUAUUCGUUGUACCCCCGUGGGAUGACCGUAAGUGAUUCGAACGCGGAGAAAACGGAGAGAUCUAAAGUCCCAACGAUCAUUGGACAUUUUAACUCAACCGCCGCUUCUCCACUGAGCCUCGAGCAGAUACGAACAAUUAUCAAGAAGGAAAUCUCACUCUAUGGUCCUACCACAAUGGCGUUUCCGGUGCCGGAAGAAUUUCUGCACUAUUCAACAGGCGUCUUCCGGCCAGUAGAAGGAUUUCAAAGUCGUAUCGUUUAUUGGCAUGUCGUACGGUUAAUCGGAUGGGGUGAGAGUGAUGAUGGAUCUCAUUACUGGCUUGCAAUCAACAGCUUCGGUGAACAUUGGGGUGAUUCAGGCACAUUCAAAAUUAACACGGAUCAGAUGGAGCACUAUGGGCUGGAGUACGAAACAGCUUUAGUUUGA